CUCCCUGACAGGGGACCGUUGGAGAGCUUCCUCACGCACGAGUUUUGCGCCGAAACCGUCAAAAAGGAGUUUUUAUAUAUACAUUUUUGGUUCGUAUUUUGUGUGAGGAAAAGCAUGUCAGGUGGAUGCACAUCGUGUGCCGAAGCCUUAGCAAACGGCACCGUUUAAGAGCAAUGUAGGCUCAGGGUAACGGCAAGCAGCCGCAGUUACACACUUUGGAAAGUGUCAGUGAAAAGCGGCCAGCGGACCGUCGGCUUCCUCAUUCUCAACCGGAUGAUCGACGGUCGGUAGCUCAGACCUGGGGAACAAGUCGAAAUGCCGAAUAUAUUCCACGCGCUAGAAUCCGGACUGGAGUUCAUCGAUUAUCUCGGAAAUAGAAUAACACACAGCAACAGCAAGAGCGAGCUCCGAAGCAUCUACUACGAGGAGUUUAAGAACAGCGAGGGGAAGAAACACCCCAAUUUUUCCAGCGUUCUGUAUGCUCUGCGGAAAUUCAACAAAGUCUACAUAAUAAGAGGAAAAGUCUACAUCAAUGAUAGACUUCAGGUGCGGACAUUCUCUGAUCAGUGGAGAUGGCCCCGGGCCUCCCGGAGACAAAGUUCCAUCCCAAUAGAUCAGGAUACAGCAGGGAGAUGCUCCCCUUCCACCAACAACCAGGCGCCUACGCAGUGUCCGAAGAAGACCAUGGCCAAAAACACCCUCAGAAAGAUGAAGUUGAACAGGAAAGAGAUUAUCGUCGAUAAGCAGGGCAUAGAAAUCACCUCGGACCCAGUGGCGAGCAGCGAGAAGAUUCAGUUCACCGCGUGUCCUCAAAGGGAGCCGUUCGUUGUCACUUUACACAUCGCCAACAAGGGCCCCAACAACGUCAACUUCAUUGACUACAAAGCCCUCAGCAGAUUUCGCUGCUUCACCCUGGUGGAUGAAAGGAGAGUGUCCAAAGCCUGCCCGCUCUUCCUCUGUCCCGGAGAGAGCUAUGACGUGGCGGUUCACUUCACGCUGAGCCACAACGGGUACUUCCCCGUCACGAUGUACUUUCAGUUCAUCGCCGACCUGCAGGAGCCGGAGAGCUUCAUCAUCAUCAGAGAGAUUGAAGCUUCGGUGCAGACCCCUCUGGCUGUGGGGCUGAGGCCCGUAGCUCCAUAUGAACCGGUCAGAGUGGCUACAUACAGGCCUGAUGUCAGCGUGGUGGUGGACGGAGAGCCGCCCGGAGGCUCUACUGUGCAGGAUAUGACAACCGUUGUGAAACUAGGUGAAUACAAGUACCCCAACUACCUGAAGGAACUGGCCAAACACGGGCUGGAGAACCACGACGACCUCUCCCCAAUGGCCAGAAAGAAGCUCGAAGAAGUGAAGACUGUCCUCAACUCGUCCUUAAGCAUGAGGAACUACGCUCGCCGGUUCCACAUUCUGCUGCACUUAGAAGAGAUACAGAUGGAAGUAGACAUCAGGAAGUACGACCUCCGCAGUCAAACCCUGGCUAAGGACAAGGACAGAAGAGAUCUACUCACACUCAAAGUGCCCGGUGUUGCUGAAAAUCGUCCCUCUGUACUGCGGGGAGAUUGUCUGCGGGUGACCAAAUCCGAGGAUAAAAGCUUCCCGCUCACAGUGUACACCGGCUACGUGCACAAAGUAGAGCUGGACAGAGUCAAGCUGGGCUUCUCUAAGAAGUUGUUGGAGGCUUUCAUCAGCAACAUGAAGUUCGACGUGGAGUUCACGAUCAACCGGCUGACCCUGAAGCUGCAGCACCGCGCGGUGGAGCUGGCCGUGCAGCAUGAGCUGGAGGAGGUGCUGUUCCCGUCGGGAUCACUCACGCCCCACGUGUCCUUGCCCAAACUCAGCAUGUUCAACCGUCAGCUGGAAGACAACCCGGAGCAAUGUGAAGCUGUGUGCCGCAUUGUGGCCGGGUCAUCAAAGCCCGCUCCUUUUAUUGUGUUCGGGCCUCCCGGAACCGGAAAGACAAUCACUCUGGUUGAAGCCAUUAAUCAGAUCAACAGGGCGACUCCGUCAGCCCGCAUCCUGGCCUGCGCGCCCUCAAACAGUGCGUGCGACUUGCUCUGCGAGAGACUGAUGAUGCGCAUGAGUUCUAAUCAGCUGUACCGCAUGAACGCCAGCAGCCGAGAGCCGAGCACCAUCCCCAACAAACUGCUGAAAUACACAAACUGGGACGACAGACAGGGCUGCUUUGUGUUUCCAGAGAAAGAAAUUCUGAUGAAGUACAAUGUUAUUGUCACAACUCUGUUUACAGCCGGCAGACUGGUGACUGGAGGGUUCCCGGUCGGUCAUUUCUCACAUAUAUUUGUGGAUGAAGCAGGCCAAGCUGCAGAACCAGAAUGUGUGAUUGCCUUUGCAGGCCUUCUCAGGGCAGGGAAGGGUCAGCUGGUGCUGGCAGGAGAUCCGGAGCAGUUGGGACCAAUCCUUCGAUCUCGUCUUGCGAUUGACUACGGACUUGACCUCUCUCUGUUGGAGAGGCUGAUGAAACACGAGUUAUAUCGAAACUUUGACACCCGUUUUGUCACCAAACUCCUGAGAAACUACAGGUCUCACGGUGCCAUUCUGAAAAUCCCCAAUGAGUUGUUUUAUCAGGGUCAACUGCAGGUUUUUGCUGACAAGAUAGAGAGUGAGGCCUACUGCAACUGGAAAGGCCUUCCCCAAGAGGGCUUCCCUGUGAUCUUCCAUGGAGUGAUGGGGAAAGAUGAGAGAGAGGCCAACAGUCCAUCCUUCUUUAAUGUGUCUGAGAUUGAAGUCCUGGUGGGUUACCUCGCCAAGCUGGCGGACACACAGGGAAAGAAGGGUCUACCUAAGCUCCUCCCUAAAGAUAUUGGCAUUAUCACCCCAUACAGGAAACAGGUUGAGAAAAUCCAGAAGGCCCUGAAGUCUGUCCCAGAUCUGAGUCGAUGGUGUGAUCUCAGAGAACUCAAGGUGGGAUCUGUGGAGGAAUUUCAGGGACAAGAGAAGAGGAUCAUCAUGGUCUCCACCGUCCGCAGCACCUCCAGCUACAUUAAGAUGGACACCCAAUACAAUAUUGGAUUCCUAUCAAAUAAAAAGAGGUUCAAUGUGGCCCUGACAAGAGCCAAGUCCCUGCUGAUUGUCAUCGGAAACCCUGUGAUUCUCAAAACAGACCCAAUCUGGAAGAAAUUCAUCAACUACUGUGAGGAGAUGAAGGGUUAUGCUGGACUGGAUUUCAAGUAUGAAGAGGAAGAGGAUUUUGUGUCCAAAAUGGCAUCUCUGAAAUUCCCUGGUUCUGAAAUGGCUGAACCGGAGGAUGGAGCCCACCAAUCCACAUCGGACUCUGAAUGAAAAAAAACAAAGAGCUAUAUUUUUCUUUGGACUCAGAACUGCCAUCCACAAAUAACGAUGAGAUUUUGUUACAUGAAUCUAUUUAGCUAUAGAUUGUUUUAGAUUUUUUUCACUGAUCUUUUUUUAAUACGACUUGAAAAGCAGCAAAUAAAGAACAGUACGCUUUAAUCAAACUAAAUUUAUCACCAUGUCUCAGUGAUAUUAUCAUUCCACAGCUAUUACUCCUAAACUCCUUUUAUUCCUGUCUGACAAGAGGACUUGACGAUGUAUAUACAUAUAUAUGCUUUAGUGUGGCUAUGGUUCUUUAUUUAUUGACUUAAAUGGUAGCAUGGGCCGCAAAACAAAUAAUUGUCUCAAAGAUUGAUCUGAAAACCA